AUGAAACUGAAGAAAGAGGGUUACAAUCAGGAUUCCUUUGAAAUUCCCACAUGGCAUGAAGACACCGUUGAAAGUGGUUUUAGUGAAGAGGGUCUUCGGGUUGAUGAGGAAACCUAUUCUUCAAGCGAUUUGACAGGGCAAAUCUUUGAAGAUGAAAGUGAAGUUCAUAGCUCAUUUGAAACUCACAACAUAGUUACACAAGAUAUACUUGAAGAGGAACAUAUCACUAAGCCCGUUGACAACGAAGAUCAACUGGCUAGACCAAAAAGAAACAGAAGUCAACCAGCAUGCUUCCGUGAUUUUGAUGUCAAGCUGCUACCUUCGAUAGACUACAUGCAAACCGCCCCUGAUCAGCCUUCUUCGACGAUAUAUCCCAUUGCUAACUAUGUUUCAUAUGAUGCUUUUUCUGACUCACAUAAAGCUUACUUGUCUUUUCGAUUUCACAUUCUGUCAUUCUCCAAUCUCCACCUUUUAUCUACCUUUUUCUCUAAACUUUCUAUCUCCAUUUUCAUGGCAAGUCUUGAGGAUAUUGGGGUUUCUGCACUGAUAAACCUCAUCGGCGUUUUCGCAUUCCUUUUAGCUUUUGCUUUUCUCAGACUUCAACCCGUUAAUGACAGAGUUUACUUCCCAAAAUGGUACAUCAAUGGAGCUAGGAGUAGUCCUAGACACAGGGGGAACUUCGUUGGCAAAUUUGUCAAUCUCAAUUUCGCUACUUACCUUACUUUCCUUAAUUGGAUGCCUCAAGCUAUGAAGAUGACGGAAUCUGAGAUCAUUGAACAUGCUGGACUUGAUUCUGCUGUUUUCUUGAGGAUUUACAUUCUUGGAUUAAAGAUUUUUGGACCAAUCACGAUUGUCGCACUCUUGAUUCUUGUUCCAGUCAACGUAUCGGGUGGGACUUUAUUUUUCCUCAGCAAAGAAUUAGUAGUCAGUAACAUCGACAAGCUUUCAAUAUCAAAUAUUCAACCGAAAUCUCUCAAAUUUUUUGCACACAUUUCAAUGAUGUAUUUAUUUACAUCAUGGAUAUGCUACAUGCUCUAUAAGGAAUAUGAUAUGGUAGCUUCAAUGAGACUAAAGUUUUUGGCUUCGAAAAGUAGGCGAGCUGAACAAUUUACAGUUUUAGCGAGGAAUGUGCCACAUGUGUCGGGGCGUUCUGUUUCCGAUUGUGUUGACAGUUUCUUUAAAAAGAACCAUCCGGAUCACUAUCUGUCUCACCAGGUUGUUUACAAUGCAAACAAGUUUGGAAGACUUGUUAGGAGAAGACAUCGAUUGCAAAAUUGGUUAGACUAUAAUCAACUUAAAUAUGAAAGACACCCUGAAAAACGACCGACUAUAAAGACGGGUUUCCUUGGACUUUGGGGUAAGAAGGUAGAUUCCGUUGAAUACUACAAACAACAAAUUAAAGAGUUUGAUGAAAGAUUGACAACGGAGCGACAAAAAGUCCUAAAAGAUCCAAAAUGCAUAAUGCCAGCUGCAUUUGUAUCAUUCAACACUCGAUGGGGGGCAGCAGUAUGUGCACAAACACAUCAAAGCAAAAACCCGACUCUAUGGUUAACAAAGUGGGCCCCAGAACCUCGUGAUGUUUAUUGGAAAAAUCUUGCUAUACCCCUUGUUUCCUUAAGCAUCCGUAAACUUGUUAUAUCAUUAUUACUCUUUGCUCUUGUAUUCUUCUACUUGAUUCCCAUUGCUUUCGUUCAAUCUCUUGCCAAUCUUGAAGGUCUUGAAAGAGUUGCUCCUUUCCUCAAGCCUGUAGUUGAAUUGAGUUUCGUCAAAUCUUUCCUCCAGGGUUUUCUCCCUGUUUUGGAAAGAAGAACAGCUGCAAAAUAUUACUAUUUCAUGCUUGUGAAUGUCUUUUUGGGAAGUAUUGUAGCAGGAACAGCUUUUGAACAGCUUGAUUCUUUCCUUCACCAAUCCCCUACAGAGAUUCCGAGGACUAUAGGGGUGUCAAUUCCAAUGAAGGCUACUUUCUUUAUUACAUAUAUAAUGGUUGAUGGGUGGGCUGGAAUUGCAGCAGAGAUUCUUCGGUUAAAACCGUUGGUCAUUUAUCACUUAAAGAACAUGUUCAUUGUAAAAACCGAACGCGAUAGAGAAAAAGCAAUGGAUCCUGGGAGUGUAGAUUUCCCUGAAACUAUCCCUUCUCUUCAGUUAUACUUCCUUAUGGGAAUCGUAUAUGCUGUCAUUACUCCAAUCCUUCUUCCUUUCAUUCUCGUGUUUUUCGCCUUUGCAUACUUCGUUUAUCGCCACCAGUUGCUGACUGGUCAGAUCUAG